AUGUCUUUCGAAGAUUUUGCUUCAACAUGUUCACGGACAUUUGCUCAAACACCUAUACGUUUGAUUCGCAUGUCUUCGCCCUUGACAACAUUCGUUGGUUAUCUCGAUCCGCCGUAUCGGCAUCUUGUUCUAUUAUGUCAACCACAUUUUUCUGACACGUCGAUCUCAGUUGCCUUUUAUUUGAAUGGUACUGCAUAUUUUGAAUAUCUAAAUGAAGAAAAGAUUCGUCAACGCUUACAGUUAUUGAACAAUCCACGAAAAACUUCAUUUCAUCGUGAUGAUUUAGCACCAGUGUUGGAGCGUUUGAAAUCGAUGUUAUCGAUUGAUUCUUUGAAACAAGAAAAUCCCGACAAAGAAUUACAUGCGAAACAAUUAUCGCCUCGAUUGUUGUCGAUCGAAAUCUUUCAUGGUGAUUUGAAAUUCAAAUUCCGUUGUGAAGAACGUGCUGAACUAUUUGAGCAACACUAUGUUCGACAAUUGUUGAUACAAGUGAAAGAAUUAUCACAACGACAAACAUAUUUGUGUGAAUUAUUAGAACAUAAAGACGAAUUGCCACAAUUCGAUUCGAAACUUUUUUUAUCAACACCAAUGACACUCGUCGACGAUCAGGAAGAAGAAGAUGAAGAUGAUGAAAUCUUGUCUUCAUCGACAACUGGUCGAUUGUGGAAAGCAUCGUUUGGUCGUCGUGGUGCUCAGCAUUUUCUUGAUAUAUGCUUACUAAAAAAAUCCUAUAUGAAAGCGCUGGAUGAUUUGGGUCAAGAAGAACAAGAUACCGAAGUAGUUUCCUCAAUUUUGAACGAUAUUGUUGAUCAAGCUGUUAUCAAUGAUGAUGAUGAUGAUGAUGAUGACGCUGGUUUAAUAUCACGUAUAGCAAAACGUUCAAUAGCAUCGACAAUGAGUGUAGAUAGUGAUGAUCAUCAAAUGAAACGUCUACGGAGCAAUGCAACAGGCACUCUAGUGUCUGUUUAG